ACCCGUCGCCCGAACACUGAGGCGCCGCCGGGCUGAGGCGCGCGGCAGAUUAAGAUGGCGGCGCCCAGCACGACGGAAAACUCCUGAGGGACCGGCGGAGAUUAUUUUUUUUAAACCCUUCACGGCGAUCUAGCACGAGGAACAAUGCUGAGGAGUUUGAGAAAACUCAUCCCUCGGGGAUACCAGCUGGGACAGGAUGGCUUUCUCUAUCCCAGAACCUGGCAGAGGGCAACGUCAACUCAAAAUGCCCAGCUUCAACCAGAAAUGCUCAGAGUGGCCCUUGUUACCAGCCAGAACGACCCAGCCAAACACAGUGAAGAGCACAUAGGUCAAUAUUACACCAUCUCUCCCGAGGAAGUAAAGGAGGCCCUUCCUCACGGGCUACCAGCACGCUUCAAACUCCAGAUGAAAACCUUCAAUGAGGCUUGCGUCAUGGUUCGACAGCCGGCGGUGGAACUCAUCACCUACUUAAAACACACCAACUUGUCUCAUCCAGCCGUCCGAUAUCUCCUCUAUGGAGAGAAGAGUACGGGAAAAACCAUGGUUCUCUGCCACGCCGUGCAUUAUUGUGCAAGGCAGAAUUGGGUCAUCGUUCACAUUCCAGACGCUCACCUCUGGGUGAAGAACUGCAAAGAACUGGUUCCAUCUUCUUACAAUAACGAGCGGUUAGACCAGCCCUUGGAGGCAGCAAACUGGCUGAAGAAUUUCAGAACCACCAACGGAAAGCUUUUAGCCCAGAUCAAAACCAAACAGAAGUACAUAUGGGGCAAGAGAGACGUCACUGAAGAAGGCUGUUCGCUGAGCGACUUGGCUGAGAAGGGCUUGGCUUGGGUGACGUACGCCAGCGAUGCUGUCGGGGUGAUCUUGAAAGAGCUGAAGCAGCAAUCUGGCCAGGGGUCCUUCCGACUGCUGGUGGCGGUGGACGGGAUCAACUCCCUCUGGGGGAAGACAGCGUUGAAACACAACAAGCAGAACGUUUCUGUGGAGGAGCUGACGCUGAUACACAAUCUCAGGAAGAUGGUGGACAACGACUGGGCAGGAGGGGCCAUCGUGGCCACGCUCAGCCAGACAGGAGCGCCCUUCACGCCUCGACCGCUUUAUUUGCCGCAUGAGCUGCUGGGACGGGACGGUUUCGCCGCCCUCGAUCCUUUCGUUCCCAUCGAGGUUUGCAACUACACAAAUGCGGAGUUUGAGCGCUGCUACCAAUAUUACCUGGAACGCAAGUGGCUGCAGCAUGAAAAAGGCAAGUUUAGCUGUUUUCAGUCAGUUUCCUGGCCGGCUUAA